UGCGGCGCGGGCGCGGCGGGCCAUCUCUACGGCCCGAGCAGAAGCAUCAGCGCGACCCCUGCGAGGCUGCUCCCCGCGGCAGCAGAGCCCGUGGCGGCGGAGUACUCCGAUACCGAGGACCCCGCUGAGGCAAUGGCGGCGUUGCCGGAUCUGGGCCCAACGGGCCUCAAGAACAAGCCCCGCGUGGUGGUGCUCGGCUCCGGGCGGGCGGCGUGCCGGUUCCUCAAGGAUGUUGACACCUCCGUCUACGACGUGGUGUGCGUGUCCCCGAGGAACCACAUGGUGUUCACGCCGCUGCUUGCGUCGACGUACGUCGGCACGCUGGAGUUCCGGUCCGUGGUGGAGCCCGUCAGCCGCAUCCAGCCGGCGCUCGCCACCCGCCUCGGAUCAUACUUCUUCCUCGCCAACUGCACCGGCAUCGACACGCGGAAGCACGAGGUGUACUGCACGGUGGCGGCCGGAGACGAGCAGCUGCCCACCAACCCCUACCGCUUCAGGGUGGCCUACGACAAGCUUGUGAUCGCCAGCGGCGCCGAGCCGCUCACCUUCAACAUCAAGGGCGUCCAAGAGAACGCAAUCUUCCUCCGCGAGGUGAACGAGGCGCAGCAGAUCAGGCGCAAGCUCCUCACCAACCUCAUGCUGUUAGCUCCCCAUCAUUGCUUGUGA